UUAACAAGUGAUUGAGUACUUGGACAAUCAUGUGCGCCGGUAUCUCUUCUAAAGGCAUGUGUCUACGGUCAUUUACAUAUGUAUGAAAACUUUAAUGUGAAAGCAGAACUCCCACCUGAAACGCAAAAGGAUCAUCACCCAGCAGCACGACGGUGCACGUGGAAUUUACGAGUACAACAGCCAACGGCAGGUCAUCGCUCAUAAUCAGCGCCCGUCAAAACACCGGCAACAAAUGCAACAAAAAUAAAUAAACCAAGUUGCUGUAGCUGCUGUUUUGUAUUGUUACAACAGUAUAGAGCAAGAAGGAAAAAAAAUUGUGAAAAAACCCACAACGGCAACCCUUUGCGUACCCAAUUUCAUUACGCGUAGUAAACAUCAACAGCAGCUGCUGCACUUUUCCAACUAUUCCACUUUUUUCUUCUUCUACGUUCGUUGCAUUCAUUAGUUAAUGCUAUUAAUAAAUUUCCACGUGACUUUACACACAUACAUCUACAAGACUCUGUUGUCACUGCAAGUGUGGUGUAAUUUUGCAUGGAAAUGUUGCACGAAUGCUUGUGUGUGCGUGAGUAAGCGAGGCAAGAAAUGACAAGAAAAUUCCAUCCAUUCGCUUAGCAAUAUGUUGCCUAGAGGCGUAGGCCAGAGUUUCUACUAGUGCGGCUUAAACGAAUUAAAAUAUUUUAAAUUGCCACGAAAAACAUUUAAAUCAAGUGAAUAAAAGUGAAAGCGUGAGAAUAUUUGAGACAAUUUUUUUCCAUUUCAUAAAAGUAAAAUUUAAUAAUAGAAGGAAAAUUAAUAUUAAAAUUUUUGUACGACCAAAAUAUUUGCAAAGACGGCGGACUAUAUCAGAAGCAAGAAAAUGGAUACAGUUUAUGGCACAAAGAAAUAUUUCCAAAGCCUCUCUGGCGCAAGUGAUAUUUACCGGACGCCGGCAUGCCGUGCAGUGUCCAACGAUUACACCUACCAAAACACACUGGGCCGUCGUUCAACACUCGGCGCUUACUACCACAUGAAUAAACAGCCUUCGUACACGAACGAACACAGUCUCAAUAGUCAAUACAGUUAUAAUGCGUGGGGUAUAUGGCGCGAUGGUCGCAACAUAGCGCCUUCAACGUUCUCCGCCAAAACGCACACACACUAUCAGAAGCCGCGCUCGUUCUCCAUUAUUCUUACAUCGGCUGUGUUUAUUGUAUUGCUGGCUGUGAUCUCAAUAGCUGGGCUGGCGUUCUACUUUAGUUCGGUGAAAGCGAAUUUGGAAGAUCCUGUGCUGGGUUUCGAGGGUUCGUUUCGCAUUGCGAAAGGUGAUCUCUUCUCGACUGGUCUAAAGUACAAUCACACGACUACAUACAAGCAGAAGAUUGAAUUUUAUAAACGUUUCAUUGAACGCUCGUUGAUGGAUAAUGGCUUGCAGCCGUUGCGCGUAGAUACGUGGGGUUUUGGCGAAGGUCCGCUGAUAAAGGUGUCUUUCCGUACAUUCCUGGAUGUGAGAAAAUUACCGCAAAACAUUCAUAGCGUCGAAGAUUAUAUUAAGGAAUCAUUUUUUCUGGAAACUACAGCCGCUAAGUCCCUCUAUCGCUCCUUACGCAUAGAUGCCGAAUCGGUCGAGAUAAAACGAAUACUGGAUGAGUCAGUCGUACGUUCGGCGUCGCUCUUCAAGGAUGCUGUACAGCAACCCACCAGUCAGUCACAGCUUGAGAAACGUCUUAUGAAAAAGCCAAAUGCACCAACUUUACUCUCGAAGCCGCCAACCACUGCGAAAUCACGCACCACUCAUCGACCUCACUCGGUUGACGAUGAGCCCGACGUGGAUGUAGAGAAUGCGCCAGUUAUACAAGGCUCCUUUGAAGGCUCUUUCGAAAUAACGAAGACCGAUGCAGAUAUUGCACGCAAGAAGGUUACGCCUACAAAAGCUUACUCCAGUUUGCCACCAAAAGCUGUGACACCAUUUGCGUUGCGCGUAAAGCCGAAGAAGCCUUCAAUUGAAAAGUUGACUACGAUUAUACCGCAGAAUCAACCAUCACCUACGCCAGCGGCUGGUACAUCGACAAGUACUACUCGUGGUACUAGUUCGACUAAAGCUACGAGUACAACAACUACGACAACGACUAGCACGACCACAACAACAACGACAACUACAACGCGCAAACCAACUGCGCCUAGUACUAGCAGCUCGAGCACUACGACCACUACGACUACAACAACAUUACCACCUACUACUACUACUACUACAAUGCCAUCUACGACAACAACGACUACUACAGUUGCGCCGAGCACGACCACCGCACGGCCACUGACAUUUCCACCGCCUACUGGCUUCACGCCAAAUAACCAAUUCAGCUUAGCACCCAUGACCACACCGUCCAUCUCUUUGACCGUGCCGAAGCUAGAUGCCAAUCUCUUUUCAUCUGUUCCAGUGUUAGACACACAACCCUGGCGUCCGAUACAUCGUGAAGUGCCUGAAUUAUUACCUGGUCCGCCACCUGCUUUUCCAACGAAAACACUGACAGGUGUGGAAAAGCCUUUACCGGUCGCACCGCUAGCGCCAGUUUUCAGGCCAGAUAUGCCUACACGUCGUAUCGAUGAGAUGGAAUUACCUUUCAUACCAGAUAACCCAUCACCGCCUACACCAGCAGCGUUCAAUCCAUAUGCACCCGGCUUCUUUGGUACAGCUGUUCGCAAGCCGGAGAUGAGUGCUGAAGCGCCAAAUUCACAGGAUAUGAUGUUCUAUCAUAGUUUCGGAAAUCCAGUUUUUAUGCCGGGCACUGAAGAUAUUGAGCGGUUGGGCGCUGGGGCGCAUGUUAAACCACAUCCAUUGCCAGUACCGCUGAUUGAUGACGUCAUCGUUCCACCAUUCAGACCACUCAUACCAGGUAUGGAUAAGUUGGCGAUUGAAAGCAACGAAAAGUUUGAGCAUUUAGGCGGUGGUGUCAUCGUUAAGAAGCAUGAAUUGGAGUUGGCGGAAGGUGAAGAGAAGUCGAAGCCAAAUGCGAAUGUGGCAGCCAAUGAGAAUGACAGUGAAACUGAGAUACCAACAUGGACGCAGUCGUUGUCGGCGGAGGUUGUGCCAUCAACAACGUUCAGACCAAAAGUCAGUAGCACGCCAAACAUUAAUCGCAUAGAAUCUAGUGCAAAUUCUGAGUUGGCGGACACAAUUGGUGAGUUCUUCAUGGGCUUAUUGAACUUGCCAAAAGAGGAUGCUCGCAAUGCAACGAAAACAACGACUGUGGAACCAAUUGAAUCACGUGUAGAGCCAGAGGAGCAUGUGGAAGAAGUGGAAGCUGAACCAGAAACUAAGGAUCUACCGUCAGAUGAUGAUGUAGUAGUGGUGUCAUUUGAAUUAGAGGAGGCAGCGGAAAACGCAGAAGAGCUAGCUAAGAAUGCAGAGCUUAUACCAGCCGAAAUUAUUGAGAAACCCGUUGUGGAAUCUGUAGAGGAGGUAGUAACUACCACUAAACCCACUUUUCUCAAUAUCAAAGAAUUAAUUUUGAAACGAAAUCAGGCUAAGAACCAAACUCGUAAUAUUGAGAAUAACAUAACUGGACGGCCUACGCCCACAACGACGCCGACCACAAGUACCUCCACGACCCCUCAGCCAGAGUUGUAUAGCUCUAGCUUAAAACCACCAGGGACAAAUUGGAAUCGCAUACGACCGACUUACAACCAGAAACCCCCGACCAUUCUCGAUGAUUCCAAUCUCUUUCCAUCGCAGUCGAAAUGGGAGUUUGUAAACAGUUCGGCGACCAAUAGCUUUGGCCAUACGGGUAAUAUGCGCAAGGUGUUCAAUAAGACACUACAAGCAUGGAUAUCUGAGGAUGUGGAUGGUAACACGGAGGAUAAUUUCACACUGAAUGACAUCAAGACACGCAUCAACAAUGCGACCAACAUACAAGACAUCUCGCUCAUCUUCGAUACUUUGGCAUCCAAGUUGGGCAUAACGCCCAUGGUACCGACCAAAGUGCCGCCAUUCUCACAGAACAAGCUCAAGCAUACGCAAGUACCAAGUGAAAGUCGAAAAAAGUUGCCAGUCACAACCACCACCACCACCACCACCACCACAACAGCAAUAACAACAACAGCGGCAGCAGCAACAACAACGACCACAGCACGUCCAUUAGCGAUUAGAGACCAACCGACGGCAAUAACAACGGGACAUUGGUUGCCCACCACAAGACGAGGUACAAUAACUGCAGUACCAGCUGCUGCAACCAAAAUGCCUUGGCUAGCGGCAACAACAACAAAUCGUCGAAUGAUUACAACAACAACCGCACCACCAACAACAACGCCAACUCUGCGAACAAGGCCAGCCAAACCCACCACAAUAACAUCCACAUCCACAUCAACAACACUAAAAGCACCACCGGCCAUGCCAACAGCCCCGACAACAACAACCACAACGGAACAUUUCAUUGAACUUCCGUUACAACGACAAGAGCCAUUCAUCAAACCGAUGUCCAGUUUUAUGGAGGACACAUCAUCUGAGGGCAUCGGUGCGGCCAUACCCGUUGUAGGAGAGGCCGAGGUGGAGGUCAUCGACCCAAAUAAAUACGAGGAAAUGUUGAAGUCAUCACAGUUUGCGGCGGAUGCCACAACGGAAACGGCACCACAAUUGGUCACAUUACUGCCCGUACGUUCAAACUCAGGCAUACGUACAUAUCGACCAGCAACGGGAGCUGGCGCAGUUGUACAGGAAGAGUCCGAAGCGCGUAGCAAUGAUCAAUUGCCGUUGGCUGAAGCAGCAAUUCCGAUUACACUGACAGUGGCGGAUGGCACGGGUCAGGUAGAAGUUGUGCCAGAAGUGGCUGGCAUGGCUGAGGCAAUUGGUGUGGCAGAGGCUGUAGAUGAAGCUUUAGCCGAGGAGACGGCCGGCGCUAUGUCAGUGCCGACAACAUCAGCGAAACCUACUGUUGUUACAGCGCCACGACGUGGUGGUGGCUUCUUCGCCGGCAUACGUAGGAAGAGUGAUAUUAGUCAGGCGAGAAGAUUUCCGCCAGCGGAGGCAGUUGUCAAGGGUGGACUGCAUGUGAAAGUAAAAUGAGUAAAUGACAAAAUGCUAUUCGUAAGUAUGUAUUUACCAAGGAAUAUCUCAAUUAGUGAAGGAGAAGACAGGUGUUUGCGGAAAGGAGGAGAGUAGGAAAAUGCGAAAUAGUGGCAAAGAAAUAGAGUGAAAACGAAUAAGUUGCACAAGAAAGAAUGAGAAAAUAUUACGAAAAGAUUUUAGUCAUAUAAACUGUUGAAGUUGGUAUAACUGAGCGCAAUUUUUUUUUAAUUUUAAUUUUUUUUAUUUUUAUUUUUAAAAUUAAGUUCUUGUUCAGAUUUUGUCCGGCUGUAAGUAGUCGUCUCCGGUUGGACAAUUUUUGAACGAUAACAAUAAGUUUAAUAAAAAUCAGGUUUUGCAAUUAAAAAGUUAUUAAGUUAGCUUUUGAUUUAUUGUCCUUUCGAUUGAUAUCCUUUAAAAAAUUAAAAAAAAAAAAAUUUU